CUACCCCAGCAAUUCGAGCCUCCAGAGGUAUCCUUCGCGCGUUGAAACAGCCGGUGCUUAUCAGAGAACCUAACGAUAAUAACGUAUCUUGUAGAUCAUAUAUCGACUUUGAAGCAAGCACAGCGGAGUCGACUGCCAAGCCCCCGCGUUCUUCGCGCGCGCGGGCUGGGCUUUUCCAGCCCCGCACGUGUAUUUGAUAGGGGCUGAUGGCGAAUCAGAUUUCAUUUAGCGCGCCUCAUCCUCUUGGUUUGGACCCAGCUAGGUAUUCUCACCCGGUUAGGCUACUAGGCACAGGCUCAUUCGGCAAGGUCUACCUAUGCUGCUUGCGGACGCUGGUGCCGCCGCAGCCGCCACAGCCGGACCCGGCCGCCUCAGCCGCCGCGCAUGACGCCAGCGGCGGCGCCAGCACCCAGGGCGGCGCCUGCUCCAUGCAGACCGGCACGGAGGCCAGCUACUGCGGCGGCGACCGCAUGAUGAGCAUCGACCUGGACGGCGGCAGCCACCACCACAACAACGGCACGACACACCAUGGCGGCCCCACAGCGGCCGCGGCCGGCGGGCAGGGGCAGGGGCAGCCGGCUUGCAGCGCAGCCGGCGCGGGGAGUGCACAGGCGGCGAACGGGCAUCACAGCUACGCGCGCACGGCGCACGAGGGGACGGCCGGCGGCGCUCCGGCUGCGGAGCCGGCGUAUGAGUACCAGUGGGUUGCAGUCAAGAUCUUCAAGCCGCUGGUGCAGUGCGACCUGCGCUCGCUGGAGUACCUGAAGCGCGAGGUGGUGUGCCAGCGCCGGCUGCAGCACCAGCACGUCAUCGGCUUCAGGGAGGUUGGCAUUGCCAGCGGCGACCUGCGCCUGUACCUGGCUCUGGAGUACGCCAACGGCGGCAACCUCAAGCAGUGGCUGGCGGAGCGCGGCGGGCGGCUGGCGGAGCCGGUGGCGCGCUGGUUCACGCAGCAGCUCGUGUACGGCCUGGCCUACUGCCACGCACACGGCGUGUACAACAGGGACAUCAAGCCCGAGAACCUGCUGCUGGACACGGGCGGCGGCGGACUGGAGCAGCCGCUGCUCAAGGUGGCGGACUUCGGCCUAGCCAAGAGCUCCAACGACUCAGCGCCCAACUCCUGUGUCGGCUCGCCAAACUUCAUGGCCCCCGAGGUGUUCACCUCCAAGCAGUACGACGGCCGCAAAGCCGACGUGUUCAGCUGCGGUGUGGUGCUGUACCAGCUGGUGUUCGGCGCGCUGCCCUUCCACCGCACCCUGGAUGGCAAGCCCCUGGACUUCAAACACAACAUGAGGGACAUCCUGAGGAACAUGAAGGCCGAGGCCUGGCCGCACCUCAUCCCCACCGCGCCGCCCGCCCAGCCGGGCGCGGGGACGGGCGCGGCCGCGGGGGCGGCGGGGCCUCAGCCGGUGGUGGCGGCCAGUGCGGGGCUGCUGGACCUGCUGACAGGCAUGCUCAGGUACGACCCGGCUCGGCGGCUGAGCCUGUACGAGGUGAAGCGGCACCCCUGGUACCGGGAGGGGCUGAGCGACGAGGUGUAUGCGCUGCUGCUGGAGGACGACGCCGGCAGCGGGAAACACGCAGAGGACGGCGGCUGUGGCUGGCACGGCGCCGGCCAGCAGAGUGUGGAGGUGAUUGAGCAGGAGUUUGCACGCAUCCUGGAGUUCACGGCGGCGCUGCACCAGGAGGCCGCCCAGAAGGCCGUGGACAGCGAGUUCCAGCUGGAGUGAGCGACGCGAGUAGGCUUAGCAACAGCAGUGAGAGCGGUAGGACGUAGACGGUAGACGGGUUCACAUGUGCUGCGUGAGAGGAAGAGAGCAUGGCAAAGCAGCGACGCGUCUUGAGCGGCGGGCGGAUAGCGUGAAAGGAGCACAGGUAGGCAUGUGGUCGGAAGGUCGGAAGGUCGGAGCAGCCGGCACGGCUGGGGUGCUGCAGGCGCAAGGAGGGGCGGGCGGGCGGGCGGUCCGCACAGUGCGUGUCAUGCUCAAUCGGGUGGCAGGGGCUGGACAUACAGGUUUGCCAGGAGGCCAUAAGUAAUGCUGCGGGAUAUCGCAUGGCAGGUGCUUGUCACCCAAUGCCGCCAAUGACGGACCCGCCUGCAUCACAUUCGUGUGCGUGUGUGGUUACAAGGUGGUGCGCACCGCCACAUGACCUGUGGCGUGCACGCUCGAAAUGUUUAGUCCGCCCGUCGCACCACGGCCUCACCAUUGCCGUGCCACCGUGCCACCCUGCCGUCGGUGCUGCUGCGUGCCUCGGUACCCUGAGUGGGAGUGCAUAUAGUCGUGCACGCGCCGUUUGGCUGACCCUGUUUCCAUGAGCUGCCUCUGAGCGCACACGGUUUCACACGGCUGACACUGGGACCAUCACGGGGUGGCACCAGCCGCCCCGCAUGUGAAUGCAGAUGAGUGCAACGGAUGUGCGAAGGGAACAUGUCCGGUUGCGCAGUACUAACCUCACGUCCACACCAGUGCGGCGACCAUGAGUCCCUGCACGGCACUGCUAGCGCUACCACGGCUACUGCCAAUGCGUCGUCCACUUGAGUUCCAAACCUGAACCUGAAGUCCUGAACCUAAAC